UGUUUUGGGUGAAGCAGGAAGCUCCGCCCCCAACAUCUACUGCCUGAACUGAAACAGCAAGCUGGGUGGGAAUUGUUUUACUGUCUUUUUUUACAAGGUCUGUUCAGAUCUCUGGAGAGAAAAGUAAAAACGUGAGCUUUAGAGCAGGUUUAAUUCUGAACUUUGGGAUGAAACACACCUCAGUUGGAGCUGAACUAAAGCAGGAAACAGUUUGUGAUCGUUGUUUCCUGCAGAGAGACUCCCAGACGAUCAGAUUCACCUUCAGACCAAACUAGCAGCUUCCUGAGUGAAUCCAGCUGCAGGAGAGAAAAGUGGAAACCCCCAACUCUGCUGCUUCAAGCUGUUCACACUGAAGCUUCACUCAGAGACAAAAUGGCUUCCAUGUUAGAGGAGGAUCUCUGCUGUCCAGUCUGUCAGGAAGUCUUUAAGGAUCCUCUUGUUCUGUCAUGUAGCCACAGCUUCUGUAAGGAAUGUCUGAAGAACUGGUGGCGAGAGAAACCAUCAAGAGAGUGUCCAGUUUGUAAGAGGAAAUCUUCUAAGGCUGAUCCGCCUUUAAAUCUGGUUCUGAAGAACCUGUGUGAGACUUUCUUACAGCAGAGCGAUCAGAGACUUUCAGAGGAUCUCUGCUGUCCAGUCUGUAUAAAAGUCUUUAAGGAUCCUGUUGUUCUGUCAUGUAGCCACAGCUUAUGUAAGGAGUGUCUGAAGAGCUGGUGGAGAGAGAAACCAGCAAGAGAGUGUCCAGUUUGUAAGAGGAAAUCUCCAAAGGCUAAUCCGCCCAUAAGUCUGGUUCUAAGGAACCUCUGUGAGACUUUCUUACAGCAGAAAAAUCAGAGACUUUCAGAGGGUCUCUGCAGUCUGCACUCAAAGAAACUCAAACUCUUCUGUCUGGAUCAUCAAGAACUGCUGUGCUCAGUCUGUAGAGAUUCAGAAAAACACAUCAACCACAGAUUCAGACCAAUCCGGGAAGCUGCUCAGGAUCACAGAGAGAAUCUGAAAAUAUCUCUGGAGAUUUUAAAGAAGAAACUGGAGCUCAGAAAGAAAGUUAAAGAGAAGUUUGAUCAGACAGCAGAACACAUGAAGGUCCAGACCCGAAACACAGGGAGGCAGAUUGUUGAGCAGUUUAAGAAGCUUCAUCAGUUUCUAGCAGAGGAAGAGGAGGCCAGGCUGGCUGCACUGAGGGAGGAAGAGGAGCAGAAGAGAGGGAUGAUGAAGGAGAAGAUGGAGGCUCUGAGCAGAGAGAUAGCAGCUCUUUCAAACACAGUCAGAGCCACAGAGGAGGAGCUGAGAGCUGCAGACGUCUCAUUCCUGCACAACUACAAGGCUGCAGUGGAAAGAGUCCAGCGCUGCCCCCUGCUGGAGGAUCCACAGCUGCCCUCAGGAGCUCUGAUAGACCAGGCCAAACAUCUGGGCAACCUGGCCUUCAACAUCUGGAGCAACAUGGAGACCAUGGUGACCUACAAUCCUCUGGUUCUGGACCCAAACACGGCUCAUCCAGGACUUCACCUGUCUGAAGAUCUGACCAGUUUGACUCCAGGAGAGGAACAGCAGCUUCCUGAUAAUCCAGAGAGGUUUGAGGUCGAGUGGUCGGUCCUGAGCUCUGAGGGCUUUAACUCAGGGAACCACAGCUGGGAUGUUGAUGUUGGAGACAGUGAAGGAUGGAUGCUUGGUGUGUUAGCAGAGCUUGUCCAGAGGAAGGGACUUUUAGAGUUUGGGUUGUUGGUUAUGUUGUUUAUUGAUGGUGAAUACGAAGCAUUUUCUCCACCAGCUCCUCCAACGUUUCUCUCAGUCCAGAAGAAGAUCCAGAGGAUCAGAGUGAAUCUGGACUGGGACGGAGGAAAGCUGUCGUUUUCUGACCUGGAUACUAACACACACAUACACACCUUCACACACACCUUCACUGACAAGGUGUUUCCAUACUUCAGCACUGCUGAAGUAAAACUCUUACCGAUGAAGAUCUCAGUAAUCAAACAGCAGCUCUGAGGUUUUCAGCAUGAAGAACAAAAAGUCCAAAUUAUUUCAGUUGUGAGAAAUUAUUUCUGGAAAUAUGCGUCUCCCUCUUCUUUCAUCUUGAGCCGGGUUCUACAGAAUCCAGACCUGAAUGUUGAAUGUUUGUGAUUUUCUAUUUAAUCUGGAAUAUGACUCCUCAACAAUAUAAAGGACAAUAGUGAAGUUUGAGCUCUCCCUCAUUCUUUAAAGAGACAGUAAUCAUUGUGUAUGUAAACUUCAUGUCUCACAGACAUUCAUACAGUAUAUUUAAACGUUUGGUUGAAUGUUUAUCUUGGUAAACACUGCAUUAUGAGAAAUAUCUUACUUAAAAUAAAUUUUAUGUCACGUAAA